AGUCCCAGGGUCACGAGCCACCUGCGCCCACCACCCGCUAAAGUUCCCGCGGAGCUGGCGCGCGCUGAUGACGUAGGGCCAAGCGCGCCGCUGGAGUCAGAGCCAAUGGCGGCGGCGGCGGCGGCUCUGGAAUCCUGGCAGGAGGCAUCUCCCCGGAGAAGGCGCUCCGCAACUCGGCGUCCGCGGCGGAGAGUAGCGGCGGCUGUAGCCCGAAGCCUAAGAGCGGAUCCAGAGGUGGACAGCGGAGUCGUGCUUCGUCGCAUCCGGGAGGCCGGGGAGGACCUGCUUAUCUCUGAUUUCUGGAGUUUAGCGCUAGAAACCAUCAAAAGGUGUCUUAGGAAGCAUCUGGAACAACUGAAGGCCCCUGUGGGGACUCUUUCAGAAGCCUUUGCAAGCCUGCAUCUUGACCCAUCACCAGAUGAGUCAGAUGUGGCCCCUGGCUCCAUCUCAGAGGAGACCCUGGCAGGAGCCUGCCAUUUGAAGUGUGUAUGUUAUGGCAUUGGGAACUUUGCCACCUGCGUCAUUGCCAGAAACCAACUAGCAUUUUUGCUUCUGUUCUUGGAAAAGUGCCAGAUCCCCAGAAGUCACUGCUGGAUAUAUGACCCUUUGUUUAGCCAAAUCGAAAUCACAGUUCUUAACACCCUUGGUGUGGUUGUUCUCAGUGAGAACGAGGAAGGAAAGCGGAGUGUUUGCGGCGAACCCACUGUCUUCUACAUGCUCCACUGUGGGACGGCGCUGUACAACAACCUCCUGUGGAGUAACUGGUCAGUAGAGGCCCUUUCCAAGUUGGUCAUCAUCGGAAAUAGUUUCAGAGGACUUGAGGAGAGGUUGUUGACAAGGAUUUUGCAGAAAAAUUAUCUGUAUGUUGCAAAGAUUUUGGAAGGACUAGAGGAGCUGGCGUUUCCUCAGACUUCACAGUAUGUGGAUGUAUUCAAUGACACCUCCAUCCACUGGUUUCCUGUACAAAAGCUAACGCAACUGUCCAUGGACACUUGGGCGUUUCGGGAAGAACCAGAUUACGAGGACUGUGAGGAUCUUGAAAUCAUCAGGAAUAAGACAGAAGAGCCUUCAGCCACUGACUUGAACACCCUGUAACGUGUCUGUUGGUGGCUGAGGCAGAAGCAGCCAUCCUGGAGGUUACAGGAACUAUGGCAGCUAAGAUUUAAAAUAGCAUUUUAUUCACAAGUAUGUCCGUGUUGGGUGGGUGGCCUACUUGGCCAUGUCAAUCAGGCUCUGCAGGGAGGUGGGCACCCAGGUCUUCUCCCCCUGGACGAACACCACUCCCCGGUCGAUGUAGAUGACGAUGCGGCCGAAGGUGUAGAGCUGCUUGCCUUCGUGUCGCUUCCCAAUGACAGGCAUGAAGACGAUGUUGUGCUCCUCAGCCUUGGUCUCAAUCAGGUCUUUAAAGUUCAUGGGCACGGAGCUGGCGGCCACACCAAUGCCCCGCUGGGCCAUGUUCUCGGCCUCUCGUCGCUCCUGCAUGGCCUCGUACUGGAAGUCCUUCCUCCGCUCCGUGUGGGUGAGGUAGGCGAUGUUCUCCCGCGCACCAGGCUGCAUGUAGGCACCUGGGAGACCCAGAGAGGACAGGUGAGGGGUGUCCCAACACGGCAGAAAUCGGUUUGGCCUGGGUCUGCCAUAGAGGCCUAAGACCUCCUUGUGACUCAUUGAGGGGCAGCUGUGCCUCAGUGACACAAAGAUGACCAAGCACCUCUGGGGCAAGUUUGGACAGGGAGCUGCUAACCUGAAAAUUUCUGGUUAAUAUAAUAACCAGAAAUUAUUAAAUAUUCAACAUAAAAUAUCAGCAACAGAUUUAUUCUUAAGGGCUAGAAACCUUGACAGUCAUUGGCCACUACUCUGUUCCCUUCUUGCUAGAAUUUUUACCCCACACUUCUCAAGAGGCAGCUUUUAGAACCCUGAAAACAUACAGCUUGUACUAGCUAACUUACUUAUACAGGCUCUAACCCAAGAAGAAAUUUAAAUGUAUCUGGGGAGCUGAUACUACAGCACCACAAAUGGCCAGUGUUAACUGCGGGGUACAGAUGGGGAACAGUUCUGGGGGCUUGUGGGUCAAGUGACUGAGGGAGAAAGUGUAGAAUAUGAAAAUAAAUGUGGCCCACUGAUGCCCCUG